AAUUGGUUUAACUUUAGUUCUGUAGAGAAGUUCUUGCGAGAAUGUCUCUGAUUUUCAUCUUGUUUUGUACGUUUUUUCGCAUAAAAGCCGAAGGGGAAUUCUGUGAAAUAAACGCUUGUCAAGCUCUGUCUCGAAGCGAAAUGAAUUUAAGAGAAUUUUCCGAUAGUUUGGAAAACGAUGGACGCGACGAUCACCUAUCGAAAUUAGAGAGGAGAAUUAGGUCUUUAGAACAGCCCGUGUGGAAAAUUUCAACAGCAAACGAAAGGUGGAUAGAAUGCGGAGAAGGACCCUGUAAAUGUACACCGGAACUGAAAUCCGUGUCUUGUUGGCAGAAAAAGUUAUCUGCUAUACCAUCUGAGCAAGUUCUACCCGAGGAUGUUAUAACUUUGGAUUUGGGUAUAAACCAGUUGACGUCAUUACAUAGGAAUGUAUUUAGGUAUAUGACGUAUUUAAGUGAAUUAGAUUUAUUCGACAACAAGAUAGACCAUUUGCCUACUAAUAUAUUCGCAACAUUGAACAGUUUGAAGUAUCUUCGUUUACAUAAAAACCAAUUAGAAGAAUUGUAUCCGGAUUUACUGGUGCAUCAAAUGAAUUUACAAACGUUCGAUGCAUCCGAUAAUCUGUUGAAGAACCUUCCUUCUAACUUAUUUAGAGGAUGUCCUAAUUUGAUGUUACUUCAUUUGUCCAGAAAUCAAUUGAAGACUAUUCCGGAGAAUGUUUUUAAUAAAUUAGAAGCUUUGGAAGAUCUGGAUUUAAGUAAUAAUCUUUUGGAAACUGUUCCUAAAUUUGCUUUUGUUGAUUUGGGAUCAUUGAGAAGGCUCUAUUUGGCUGAAAAUAACAUCACUCUUCUACCAACAGGUGUAUUUGAUAAUUUGGUGAAUCUACAUGAAUUGAAUUUACGAAAAAACCAGAUUUCGUAUCUCUCUCCUAAUUUAUUGGAUAAAUUACGAAAUUUGAAGAUAUUACAAUUAACAAACAAUAAAAUUACACAAAUCGGUCGAAAUGAUUUCAUAAGAUUAAGCAACAUUCUAGAAUUACAUUUGGGGCAAAAUUACGUGAACGAUUUGCCGGAGAAUGCGUUUGUCGAAAAUAGAAAUAUGGAAAAGUUAUUUUUAUUUUCUAACAACUUGGAGGAAUUGAAAGAAAAAACGUUCAACGGACUGAUUAGCUUAACCUCUUUGUUGAUAAAUAAUAAUAUUUUGAAAAAUAUUAAUUCUAAAAUUUUUACGUACACCCCAAGUUUACAAAAGCUGCAUCUGGAUAGUAAUAAAUUUCAUUUUUUACCGUCAAAAUGUUUAGAUUACUUAUCUGAAUUAACCGCCAUUAAAUUGGCCAAAAACCCAUGGCAUUGCGACUGUAAUAUCUUGUAUUUAUCACUUUGGAUAAGUAACAACAAGGAUAAAUUAUGGGAUGCGCAGCCAACUUGCAGAGGUCCUGGGAAUUUAGGAGGAUUCCGUUUAGAAGACAUGACCUUCGAUGAACUCUGCGAAGGACAAUGGGCUAGUAUGUUGAAUCUUUCUCCACGUGUACCAGUUAAAAGUAAACCGAUCGAAGAAGACGAUAAAACAACUAAUGAAACAAUAAAUCAGUAGAAAUACAAAUUGUACAUUAUUCAAUAAAAUAUUGUUUGGGAUACA